AUGCCUGUCCUGCUCAUCCUCUUCCUCCAUCCUCCUCUCAUCAUCCUCCUCCUCUUCUGCAGUAUCCAUCUCAUCAUGGCUCUAAAGGACGUCGGCGAAUUCCGCGAGUGGGAAUUUUGCCCAAACCCAACAACACUCGACAACACCACCAUCACCACCCUCUUGCUCACCCACCAUGAACACGUCGCCCACCACGACCACAACGGACGACGACAACACGCGACCACGACAACACGCGACCACGACAACCACAACGGCCACGACAGACGACGACAACAAACGACGACAACAAACGACCACGGCACGCAACGACGACCACACUCACGGACAAGACAACCACCCACGAACCACGAGCGCCCGCCGACACGACAAACAAGAAAGACGAGGGACAGCAACGACCCGCUCCCACCCGCCAACGACGACCGUAACACCCACCACCACAAACGACGCCCGCCACCCACAAAAACGACAACCGCUGCCCACAAAAAACGCCCAGCGCCCAUGAACGACAGCCGCCGCCCAUGCAAACGACAACCGCCGCCCACGAAAAGCACGCAGCACACCCAAACGACAUCCGCCGCCCACAAAAAACGCCUAGCGCCCACAAACGACGUCCGCCGCCCACAAAAAACACCCAGCAAACCCAAACGACGACCGCCGCCCAUGAAAAAUGCCCACCGCCCACAAACGACAUCCGCCGCCCUCGAAAAACACCCCACCUAUUGGCAAAGCUCAGAGGGGUCAAUCAACAAGGUGGUUGAUAUCUGGGCUGCAAGUCUUCACAAACACGAUGAAGCCCCCCCUUGGAAGAAUACCGAAGAGCUUUAUGUGACGAUCGAUUCUAUUUCAGAGGGAGCUAGUCAAUGGAAGGUCUAUGAAGUCCGCUAUGGAGGUCCACUCCCUGCCACUGGCACACCACCGAAGUGGAUGACCGAGACAUACGAGCUUUGUACUAGUGUUGCCGCGGCUCCGGCUCAAAGUCGGCUGAAGCCAGGAGCUGAGCCGAGUUUAGCCGAAGCCCAGCCAGAACUGCCGAGUGAUGACUCCCACAGCUCGGCUAAUUCCAGCUCCGGCUAA